GUGAGUUAGUCAACCAGCUGGAGGACACUUGUUCACUAUCUUCGAGCUACAAAAUUGAGCAAAAAAAGUCGACCAUGAACUACAAUGAAGAGCCUCCUGUCAGGUCCAGGCAGCCCACACUGCCUCCCUUCUCCACCAGGACCCUGCACCACCCUUCUUUCCUGCCUAUGUACAUGGCUGCAGGCUUUCAACACCAUCACAAUGACUGUAGCAACCAAACAGUCCUCCCCAUCAUCCCAGCAGAGUUUUUCUACACUGAUCCCACCAUGAGCUGUGGGAGGAGGGUCCCCAACAUAGUGAGUGAGUUGAGGGUUUUCGAUUGCUUCCAGCUCAACACUCCGCCACCAGUCAUGUCCGCCUUCCCUGCUCCACCAACCCGUCCAGACCCAUUCAGAUCAGGCCCACACCCCAUCAGGGAUCUGGGCAGCCUCACCUUCAAAGUAAAUGCUCUCCACCUUCCAGUGCAUCCGAGCCGGGUUGUCCUCCAGCUCACCCAGGAGGAGGACCAGGCCGUCACCAAUCUCCUGAAACUGCACCUCCAAGAAGAGCCGUCACACAGUGAUGACACCCUUACUGCUCUGCAUAUGGACUAUUCCAGUGUUUGCUUGAACCCCAUCUCGUUCUUUCACCCUGAACUUAUGGACACCACAACAGCUGAGGAAGUAUUCAACCCCCUCUGUUGUGAAGUGCCGUAUGCAAGGGAGGUUAGUUUGCAAAGUCAGUUGCAGCAGGGAAGGUGUUGGUCAGAUACAGAGCUUGAGGCAGCUAACACCCUCUUGAGUUGCUUCAGCCUGAUGGAGAAGGACAAAAUCUUGUGCGAAAACCACAAUAAAUCAGCAUUAAAACCUCCUGAUCCUCUGCUGUACCAGAAUCACAAUGAUUCAUCAACAAACACUGAAACCCAACAAGGAUCUGAGACUUUUCCUGCAUUAAUAACUGCUGAUUGUGCCCAAAACAACGUUGGCAGCUUUAGUUGUGCCAGGGAACAUGGAGAACCAGGGUGGGGGGAUUUGGGGUUUGUUCAGGUAAAGAAUGCUGAUGAUGUUCAUCGGCCCGUUUCCGAGUCUACACUGUCCUCCGACUUAAAGACAAACGGAAGAUCAAGCUCCUCUGGAGGUUUUUCAGAGGUGAACAAGUGGACGCUCUCAGAUUCUGAGGGAGAUGCUGUGCAUGUACUCCUGAGCCUCGGAGACAUGGGAGCGCUCGAUAUCGUGCAGUGAUUGUCUUAAACCUGAGGGUCUUCAUGU